CCUGCAGAGGGUGUGGUGUGUGAACCUGGCAGGAGGGAGAGAUCAGACAGUGGCAGCCCUGGGGUGUGGUCAGGCGUGGGCCAGAGCGGAGGCUGGGAUUAGCAGGGCUCUGCUCCCCUCUGUGACUUCUCCUAACAGGCACACACGCUAGGGUGCCCUGUGUGAGCCCCCCAGCGUGCACACCUGCAGCGCCCAUUGAAUCCAGCCGGAGAUGCCAGAAGGCCCAUCUGUGAAGAGGUUCCAGCUGCUGACUGCGCCUUUUGUGGGGCAGGUAGUGGCCAAGGUGGGAGGAAGCAGCCGGCAGAGAAACCUGAAGGAUCUGAAAGCAACGAGGCUCCAGGACUCUCAGGCCUCUGGAAAGAAUUUAUUCCUGGCAUUCGGUGCGGCUCUGGAAGCAUGGGCCCUGGGUGGAAGCCCAUCUCCAGGUCCUGUGGAAGAAGAACCAACCAUCCAAGGAAAGGCUGACCGCGGGGCAUGCUCCCUUGCCCUUGCUCAGGAAGGACAGGAGGAGGAUGUCGCUCAGCUAAGCCCCGAAGAACACAGUGUGCGGAGGAAGCAGGAAACGGAAUGCUCAGUGCCUGAUGCCUCAGACGCAGCAGGGGACACUUGGAAAUGGCUGCGCUUCCAUUUUGGUUUGUUUGGCAGCAUCCGGGCUAAUGAGUUCUCGAGAGCUAAUAAGGCGAACAAAAGAGGGGACUGGAAGGAUCCCGUGCCCAGGUUGGUUCUGCACUUUGACAGCGGGGGCUUCCUCGUCUUUUACAACUGCCAGAUCCACUGGUGCACCUCUCCCGCUGUGGAACCUGCUUCUGACAUCCUGUCUCCCAAGUUCCAUCGGGGGCAGGCCUUGGCAGCACUGCGCCAGCCGACGUCCAUCUGCUACACUCUUCUGGACCAAAGAUAUUUCUCCGGUCUGGGGAACAUCAUUAAGAACGAGAUCUUAUAUUUGGCAAGGAUCCACCCAUUAUCGCAAGGCUCGCUCUUGGCUCUCUCAGCUCUUGAAUCCUUGCUGGAUCAUGCUGUUCAGUUCAGCACAGACUGGCUGCAUAAGAAGCUGGCUGGAAAAGGAUUACACUAUCAGAUCUACCUGAAAGAAAAAUGUCCUCUUGGGCAUGAGGUGAUGCAGGGAACUUUUGGACCCCAAGAUGGGUUUAAGAGGCUUAGCUGGUGGUGUCCUCAGUGCCAGCCUCGAGUACCUCCUGAAGGGAAUGACCCCAAAUCGCUUAAACACUGAGUGAACAAAUAUGCCAGCCUGAAUGUGGAUUAUGAACACACUCUCCUUUCUUGCAGAACGUCUCUGGUCUUUUUGUGACAGGCUGUCAGUUGUGCUGAGCAGAAAUCACUUAUCCUGGAAGGCAACACGUGGAGAGAAAAUAGAGCGUCAUUAAAAAGGGAGGGGAUGUUUUUGUGACGCUCCCAAGUCAUUAUUGAGCUAUGAAGAGAAAUAAAGCAAACAGUAGUAGGUGUAAGUCUCCCCCAGAAAGUAAGAAUUGUAGUCACUGAAAUACUUGGCACCUUCAGAUUUGCUUGUGUAAAAAGUUGAAAAUGUUCAAUUUUUCUUCUGCCAGUGAAGCAGUAUAAAUAACUUCAGUGUGAUUGUUUCCUUUGUUUGACUGUUUUGCAAACCUCCUACCAAACCAAUUGGCUGGGAAGAGUAAGUAAUGGGAAGUAGAACUUUUCUCCCCUAAGCCAGCGAUUCACAAGCAGCCGACUUGAUGGUGAUUAAGCAUUCUUAUGACCCUAACAGGUUGGCAGCAUGUGUUCACAUCCCAAAAUCAUUGGCACCCUUAUUGGCACUCUCAGCCGAGAGCCAGGGAUAGAAGUGGUCCUUCCAGCUCAGGGCAGAGUGGGGAAAGCUUUUACUACAGCUGCCUGUUCUAGCUUCGGACAUGGAGCUCUUGCAAUUCAAUGAGAAACUCUUUUCUGCCAACACCAGCCUGCGUUGUUGGAGAAAGAAAUCAUGCUCUUGAUCAGCUUUAAGAUGUUACAAUCAACUCAUUUGCAUUGCGGCUUAGAUCCAUGCUAGAUGUGUG